AUGGCUUGUGUAAUACGGUGUUCCAGACGCCAAAAAAUAUGUUGUGGGGUGACAGCCAUUGUUGUUAUUCUUCUUGUGGUGGUUUUGGUCGUCUUGUUCCUCACAGUCUUCAAGCCUAAAGAACCUAUUAUCAUCAUACAACCAGUGAAGCUUGAAGGGUUCGUUUUUGUAGCGUCCCCUGAUUCAAAAUUAGAACUGAAUGUGACAUUAGGCGUAGUGGCCACAGUGAAGAAUCGAAACCAUGGAAGUUUUACUUACCAGGACAGCACAGCUACUGUUAGCUAUAGAGGAAGUUUGGUGGGUGAAGCUCCGAUCAAUGGUGACACAGUUCCAGAUCAUGGAGAGCUAAAUGUGAGCACGAGUUUGGCAGUUCAGGCAGAUGAAGUGUUGAAGAAUGGGAAUUUUCGUGAUGAUUAUUUUAAUAAAGGGGUUUUGAAUUUUACAUCAGCAAGCACUUUACAAGGUAAAGUUAAGAUCUUGAAGAUCAUCAAGAAGAAAGCCACAAGUUUGAGCACCUGUUAUGUCUCUGUGUUCGUCAAGACCAACACUAUUGACACUACCUGUCAAAAUAAAUUGGAAUUUUGA